AUGGUAGAAAUGCUCCGCACUACUACCACCAUUUCACAAAUCCGGUAUAACCCUCAAUCUAAUGGCUUAGUCGAACGCACCAAUCGCGUGGUUAAAGCAGCCCUGGCAUGUGUUGUAGGAGAUCGUCCUGGGGGCUGGCACAAGUAUGUGCCAGAAUUGCGUCUUGCUUUAAAUUCUGCUAUACCCAGAUCAACUGGAGAACAACCCAUCUACUUACUCACUGGGAGGCAUGCCUACUUCCCGGUUGGUUCAACUAAUGAGGCUGUGUUUAAUGAUAACAAGGGAAUUUCAGGAACGCUUGAGACUUGCCCAACGUGCAGCCGUCACAGCUUCCAGAGACGUCCUACAAUCAGCACGAUAGAGGAACCUUCACCCUUGGUGUCGGCCAAUUGGUAUGGGUUAAAGAGAUGGUACCUCAUCCCCAAGGCCCAAGUGGCGAGGCCCUGCACGAGUUUCAAAAAGAUUUGGUCCUUUGUCCUUUGA